AUGAUAAAAAGCAGUACGAUCACCAUGAUUGGAAACGUGACAUCGCUCAGUGUCGAUAAUCUGGUAGAAAUUGUCCACAAGGGACCGGGUACGUUUCAUUUAAUACUGGAAAAAAGGAAAUACUGAAUAUUUUCAAAAAAAUUUCCGUUAAAGGCGAGCGAAAGUAUAUUUUUGUACUUGAUUUGAACUAAGGGAGUCUGCGCUCACAUCUCCCUACCGUUUCAUUAGACUCCUUUGGCUGUCCUUCUUUGAAUUCACUUUUUGUUUGUAGGACCGGCCAUCACCCUGCAGAAUGUCCAAUUGAGUAGCGGCUCCUUCAAAAAAUUGAAAACGAUCAAAGUCGAUGACGUCUCUAUUUAUUGCGACGUCACUACCGACUUGAUCAAGAUAGAAGGAAGUAUUCCUCAAGAUAUACUCGACCGACUGAACAAAGUGAAAAAUAAGGUAUUUUAGAAUAACGAGGAGACAAGAAAAGUAUAUUUCAGUUUGUUCAAAAUUUCUUUUCCAAAUUAGAAGAAAGUUUGUGCGUAGUACCCAAGUAAUUUAAUCGCUUCAGAAAAAACAUUUUAGCAGUUUUAUAACUCUCAAAGAAAUCACAUCAUAAAGCCGAUGGCUUUUAUUAUUAGCUAUAUCCAUCAAGUAGGCUCAAAUUUACAGUCGCGAGUAGCAUUUUAGUAUAUUUGUAAGAGGAAAGAUUUCUAGACCUAUUAAGAAAAAUAUGGCUCAAUAUAUAAACGCAUAUCGUCGGAAAUCAAUCUUCACUGAAUUUAAUUUCACUACAAAAUUCGAAAGGAAAUGUAUAUCAAGCACUAAUAUUUCGUCAAAGGCAUAAUUUCAAAAAAAGUUUUAUUGAGAUUUGAAAAAGAGCAUGAGAGAAGAAAUUGAGCGUUUCUUAUUUCCCUUUGGACAACCUAGAAACUUUUUUUAAGAGCAUAAAUGGUUUCAAAGGAAAAACUCGAAAAAAAUUCUCAGAAAAAAAGUAAUCUUGUUUCAGACUCUAGCUGCAUGCAAGUCACUGACGACUACUCAGCCGACGGUUCUCGGCGCGACCCAGGGAGUGGGAGUUUCGAGCUCGAACUCUUCCGCCGCGGUGAUCUCCCAAUUGUGCACGCAGAAGAUAGAUGCCGAGAAGGAGAAGUGCUCUAGCAACAGUGAGUUUGGUAAAAAAAAAACCAACUGGAAACUGAAUUUUAGUGAUAAAAAAUGAAAGUGCUUUUGAAAAAAAGUAAUUAACCUUUUUGAAAAUUUAAAUUCAGUGAACAUAGUGGGUAUUAAAGGAUGUAAAAUGUAGAGGUUUUACAGUGAGAAAAUGUAGAAACAUAACCUUUUUCAGAUAUCAUUUUAUAAUUUUUUUACAUCAUUGAGCCAACAGUUCUUUGAAGUUUUCGACAAAAAUUGAGAAGAGUUAUCUGGACUUUUUAUUCACAGACACGCUGCUGUACAUCGCCUGUGGAGUGAUAGUGAUCCUUCUGAUUGUGAGCAUCGUUUCGACGAUCAUCGCCCUCAAGCUCUACUUAUGGCGCCACAAAAAGGACCUAGUCCUAGCUUCCUUCGGUAUUGGUUUUUCUGAUAGCAAAAUUAAGAAUGUUCUUAAUUUUUAGUUACCAAAAAUAGAACUUAAAAACAACAAAGAAACAAAAAUAUAAUUAUGAGCUUCAAAACUUCGAGAAAUUAUAAAGGCUUUUGAAAGUAAAUGCUCGUUGAUGUUAUAUUAAAAAUUAUUCCAAUGGAGUCUCACUUUGAAACUUUUCCGAGUUCGUAGUUUGAGGCUUCGAGACACUUUUCACAGAACAGUAUCUGGGCAAAGUUCCCCAACCGUAAAUCCUUUCUUGUUAACAAUUUUGAAUUGAAAAAAAUUGUUGUUUUCAGGUUCGUACGCCGCCCAAGUUUUCGACAGGGCCAUUUACAACUUAUGCGACCAAGAUUGUCGCUCGCGUUAGUUUUUUCUUUUCAAUUUACGUGGUUAAUCCGAGGAAUUUCAGUGAUGCGAGUCUUUUCGGAUACGCACGCUGACGCUGCCGAUGAUGCACGUAAGAACUUGAACUUUGUUUUCUGAGCUUAAAUUUCUCGAGCUCAGUUCCGAGGCUCUUUGAACGGAUUUUCCUUUCUAUUUUUUCCAUGCGGAGCAAACUCCGGCAGAAAUUAUUUAUUUUUUUUCUUUCAGACGAUGAUGUGGCAAGAGAGAAGAAGUUGGCUGCGCGUCGAUUCUGGAAAGUCCAGCAAGGCAAGAAGUUGGAACCCGACGAUGACUUUGGGGAGCCGCCUGAUGAUAAAUUCACUCCUGUCACGGAUGAUGAAGUCUUCCGGCGGGCCAGAGAGGGAAUCAUGUCCGAAGACGUCCAGGAGGCGCUGCAGAAGUACGAAGAAGUAAAGGCGAGCAUCGUCAAAAAUGGAAAGUUCGAUCCUCCGAAGAAUGUGAAGCCCAUCUCGGACACACGUCAGCGAAAUCAUGAUCUGAUGGCUGCGAUGAAGUCAUCGAGUCGGAAGAAGGUCAAGCCCGAUGCCCCAUUUUAUAUGGAUCCUUCGAUGUUCGUGGACCCAAAGAAGUUGGCCAGGGAGGGACAGCUGCCGAAGAGACCAGAGCCGCAGUCCAAGGAUCAGACAAAGUCGUCGGUGCCCGCCUCCAAGGACAAGGUUCCCGCUCCUCAGACCAACCGCAAGCCUGCUGGCGCCGAAGCCGCUGCCAAACAGCCCGCCCCUGCAAAGAAAGACGCUAAAAAGCCGCCCUCGCAGGAGACCACUUCGAAGGAACCUGUCGGCAAGUCUACGACUCAGGUUAGUUUGAAAGAAAAAAAAUUUCGGUUUUUGAAUGUUAAGAAAGCUUAACUGUUAUAAGAGUUAGCAGACGAAAGCUCAGACGCUUCGAAGUAGAGAAACAUUUGGCUUUCAAGUUGAUUCCGGUCUCAUCUUUCAGCUCACCGACAACAAAAAUGCUGCUCAGGCUCCGGCUCAAGGUGCGGGUUCGGUUGAAGAACCGCUGCCGCCGCCAAGAGUCAGAGAGUCGGAGGUCGACCCAAAGUACGCUGGACAGAUCCCGAAGGACGUGACGCCCCGAGCUCUCUGCAAACCGUUGCGAAUCAAGACGUCUGCAUGCCCGGAAAUCUCCAAACAGUUCUCCGGAGAGUCCGACGAGCUGAGUGAGUAGCCUUGAAAAGAGAUGACAAAAUCAUUUGCCAAUUUCAGAGCAAACAUUUACUGUUCUAGCCAUGAUCUGCAACAAGUUCGAAGAGGUCCUGGAGGCUCACAGAAUAGGUAAAAUUAGAAAAAUUGCAGCUUUAGGAUUUGAAAAACCAGUUGAUCAUCAUCGAUCCAUGAUAACAUAAUUCAGCUAUGAACGUGCUCGUUAGGAUGGUGGAGGAUGCCGUGAUGUCCACGCGCGGAGCCGUAUACGACACGACGAUUAUCCGUGAGCGAGAGGGCGAUCUACGAGUUCCUUUGACUCGGGGUUGCCCGUGCAAGGACGAUGGCAAAAAAGGCUGCCACAUCCAGGGUCAGUACUUCGGCUUGUUCGGAAGGCACUGGGAAGGCGUUGGGAAGAUCAGCGUCCAGUUCCGUGGAAGGCGUUCGGAAGGUUUCCAGCAAGUGGUCGAAAGCCUUCCGAAUAGCUUCCCAACACCUUCCCCGAAUUCGCCUGAGUAACUAAUUUUUUCUUUACAUCAUUUCUUUUUUCCAGACUUUUUGAAGGACCUCGAGAUGUUGCGCCAGAACGACGGAGACGGUGAUACAGAACUCUACAACCUUCUCGAGAAUGGCGAGCGAUUCCGUGCCCAGAAGUUGGGCGUCGCAGGAAAAAACUACACAUAUUUCUGGAAUAGUUCGUUUUAUCCUUAUGCGAAUCCCAGUACUGACUGCUGACGGGGCACCUCAGAUCUUCCUGCUGUUUCGAGUAGUCGCCUCCUGGCGGAACUACCUACUUCUGGAAUAGUUCGUUUUCAUUUUUCUUCCACUGAAAGUCGAUUACUGGAAGAAAAAUGAAAAUUUAUCAAUAUCAAUGCGACUGAGGAAGUUUUUUUAACAAUGUUAGCGCUUUGCGGUCGAUAAACUCGAAAUAUGGAAUUUUUCCAAUAAAAAAACGAGUUUCAGAGAAGACGACUACGGCCGAGGCGGUCCUUCCGGGAGAGACAUACGAGAAGGCCAUGGUUCGUAUGGAAGGUGAGAACUUCCUUUUUUUGUAGGUGAUUUAAGGCAUACAUGCGGAUUUAUUUUUUGUCAAAAGCGUCUAAAAAUUGCGGAAAAAAAUGUUCAAUUUUUUCAGAAGAGAUGGAAGACCUCAAUCGCGUGAUCGAUCUGUACAAGAUUCGCAAGUGCCGCCUCCGAGCGAACCGUAGAGCAACUCGGGGCGUCAAAAAGGCGAAGAUGUACCCCCAGCUCAAGAAGAUAGAUACGAAAAAGCCGAAAGACGACAAGAAGGUCGCCGGUGAGAAGAAGGAGAAGGAGAGCGAGGCGAAGGAAAACGAGAAAGAGUCCCAGGAGACCAGCAAGGAGAAAAAAAUUAGAGUCAUCGUUUUUUUCCGCCUUUAUUACUGGUUCCCGGCACGGCUUUUUCACUGAUUGCAUUUAUGAAAUCUUUUUUUCUUAUCAAAGUCCCGUUUUAUUUAAAUUAUACUGUAGGGAAACUUUAUAAAAAAAUUUAAUCGUAUCGCAAAAAUAAAAAUAAUUUUUUUGUUUGCUUCUGUUUUUUUGGGAAUAACAUUGGAGUUUAAAAACAUGCUCGGCUUACUGUGGACGUUGACUGCAUACACGGAGCUCGCGAUUAAACUGAAAAACAUUUGAAAUGACGACGAAGGAUUUUUUUCUGCUACUUGUUCGAACACGGGCCGUUCUUCUUGCUCAAUUUUUUUAUAAGGUAUUUCAUAUUUCUUUUCAAUAUUAAUGGUGACCUCCUUAUUUUUCAAGUGAAUAUUGCUUUUUUUAAAAAUAUUUUCUGGGAACCACAUAAAAAAGUGAUUUUUUCAGCAAGGUAGAUCAAGGAGCUUUAUCAACUCGAUUAUCUGUUAUAAGCCAAUGAAACAAUACAAUUCAAUAAUGUUUUUGAUUUCAUUUUAGUAUUGAAAAUUUCAGAAGGUUUUGAAUUACUAUUACAGUGCGGAAUCAACAACUUUCAUUUGCACAUAAAAAAUUAUUUGCAUAUUUUUGAAUUAAACAUCUUGGCAAAUGUAGGUUUCUUUUCGGAAAAAUGGCAAGGAUUUCAAGAGGCUAUGAGAAAAUGCAUGUUUUCGAAAAACGUCUCGUCUACAUUCCGAUGACCCAUAUAUAGUCCGUUCACGGCUGACCUGGGACAGCGAACGGGCGGUUUAAUUUUCGUGGCGAAGGUAGAUUAUUGUGGCCAUACAUGCGCCUUUAAUAAGAGACUCAUUUGGUGAAUUUUUGUUUACAUUCAUAUCAUUGGUUUUUUUAGAUUUUUUAAAUCGAUAAAAUACAAAAUAAAAAAACAAAUAAGCCAAAAAAAUAGGGGCUUUUUAUGAAAGGCGCAUGGAUAUUCGCCAUGAUCUACCUUUGCCGCGAAAAUUAAACCGCCCGUUCGCUGUCCCAAACCAGCCGUGAACGGGCUAUAGUCUGUUCAGAUUUUGAAUGUCAAGUCGUCGCUCAAGCUCCGCUCAUAAUGGUGCGAUAAACCAAUCAGAGCGCGAGCCAUCCACAGAGUGUUUUUGAAUGACGUCAUUGCACUUGACAUUCAAAAUCUGAACAGACUAUAGAGUGGCCCUGGAAAACUUCUUACUAGGAAAUUUUCUCAGCUCACAGCGGGACUUCUAAAUUAGACUAAGCCCACUAGAUGUAGUUUUUACGCUGAUUCCAAAUCUGUGUUCAGAAGUUGCCCUUGAGACCUAUGAAAAAACAUAUAGGUUGGCAAAGUUUAAAAAGUCGUUAUCUCCAAUUGAGCACAUUUUUGUAGGGGUAUAUAUAAAAUGUUUAUUUUCGCUCACAGACAGAUCUGUGGCGUGAAGGAAGAGAACCGGAAAAGUUAUGUUUUUUCCUCGUAUAUAGUUCUUCUUGGUUUGGUCACCAACAUUGGUCAAUCGGCGCAUCCUCAAAAAUAGCUAACGGAGUUCACUUUCAAAUUCAAUCAGAAUUCGCACGCGGUCAAUCAAUAAAUAUAGUCUGUUCAGAUUUUAAAUGUCAAGUCGUCGCUAUUUUACUUCACAGAACAAGCUCAAAAUACAAAGAUCUACUGAUUCAAAGGUGUAGAAUCAGAAAAUCAUAAUGAAAAUUUGAUUUGGAAACGUUUGGUUACCGAAAAAUCUCUAAAACUGCCGAAAAGCGCAAAAACAGUGGAAAUCAAUGUUUUCCAAUCUUCCAGACCCACUUAUACUUUUCAGAACAGUCUCUUAAGUGAUAUAUAUAUAUAUAAUUGAUAUAUACUUACUUUUUACUUACUUACUUUGAUACUUUGAUGGUUCGUCUUCGCUGAUGAUCUUCCUUCUCACUGUGAGAAGGAAUUGAUAUAUAUAUAUAGUCUCUUAAGUGAUAUAUAUAUAUAUAUAUCAAUUCAAUAGAGUAGAAUCGAAAAAUCAUAUCGAAAAAAAAAUUUUAAAACCGUUUUACAGUCGAAAAUUCUCAAAAACCGAAAACCAGUACAUGAUUUCCAUUCUUCCAGACCCAUUUAUACUGUUCAAAGCAUGAUAAAAAAAGAGACGUACUUUAUUUCAAUGAUAUAUAUAGUCUGUUCAGAUUUUUGAAUGUCAACCAGCUAACUCCGCCCCUGCUGAGACGGUACCUUUUUCGCGUCGAUGUUUUUAUCGCGCGGGACUAAUUUUUGAUCUUUUUUCGAUCUAAAAAGAUAGAAAAAAAGAAGUCAAAAAAAAUGCAGCCUUAUUAAAGGGCCAUUGGCAUCUGUAGAUAAAACAUUGACGCGAAAGAUAUUGUAGCCUUGGGGGUGGAGUUAGCUGCUUGACAUUCAAAAUCUGAACAGACUAUAAUCAGAAAAUCAUCAUGAAAAAAAAUUUCCAAAGCUUUUGAAGAUAAAAAUAUUAAAAAACCGCAAAAAAACGGUGGUAUGAAAAACCACCAGCGAAAAUUCAAACGGCGACUUUUUCCGAUUUUUUUCAUAUCGCUAGGGAACUUUCCGACGGCCACCUUUCCGACGGAUCCCUUUCCGACUUUUUUCUCUUAAGUUUUUUUCGGUUUAUAAAACAUCUAUAAACAUUGUUUUUCUAUUUCUUUGUGUUUUAAUCAUUAACCAACUACCUACUUUAUAUAGGGAGAUUUAAAACGAAAAGUUUAUCGAGAAAAAAAGUCGGAAAAAGAUUCGUCGGAAAGGUGGCCGUCGGAAAGUUCCCUAGCGAUAUGAAAAAAUCGGAAAAGUCGCCGUUUGAAUUUUCGCUGGUUUUUUUUUCAUACCACCCAAAAAACAGCGUAAAACAGUGCGAAAACUCCUUUACAAAUCUUCCAGACGCAUUCAAGCUUUUCCGACCAAGCUCUAGUUCAGCAUACGUUAUGGUUCGAUAGUUCCGAUUCAGAAAUUGAUGUGAAAAGAAGGGAUAAAAACUUCAUCUUCAAGGAAUCCAAGAUACCGCCGUAAACGUCUCGGCCAACGUAGAUUUUCCAGGAAACAGCACGCGCAAACACCUCGAGGACAGAGAAAAUUUUUCAAACAUAGGCAAAGUCGGAAGGACCCUUCACGGGCCCUUUGAGCGUCCGUUACGGAUCCGUCUGUUUCCGGAAAUUGUUCCUAAACGGUUUCCUUUUUUCUGCCUUUUUGCGUCCUUUCAUCGGCCUUCAUCCACCCUUUUUAGACCCUUUUGAGAAAUACAAUUUUUUUUAAAUUGAGAAUAAUCUUUACAAGUGACUGCGUAUGAACCGAAAUAAGCUACAGUAAUAACAUCGGAAAUCAUCAAUAACAGAGACUUUCAGAACCUUUUUGAACCCCCACUCUUUCUUCACCCUUUUCGCGGCCUCUCCCUUUUUUCGCCCUUUUAUGACCCUUUUUAACCCACCAAAAAUGAAAGGCUCAAUAAAGGCCGUAAAAAGGGACCCUUUUAGCGGCCAUUUUGCAGUCACUCCCUUUUUGCACCCGUUUUCCGCACUUCCGAAUUUGGCAGUGAAUGUGCUAUAUUGUCCAUUUUUGAGGUUUGAAAAAAAAAGACUUGUCCUAAUCAAUAACAUCAUGGAACAUUAUUUAAGGACCACUACACACGGACAUACUCACCCAAAAUUUUGUCGACGAGCAGUAUCUCUUUCCGAUGAACCCUAGUGGAUGAAAGGCCAGUUUCAGUCUGUAGAUGUCAUGAGGUCGGCUCCUCUCUACAGAAGAGUGUUCGAAAUCUGCAUUGUGUAAUGUUUGAAUUUUUUUUUAACUCAAAGUCUAGGCUUUUAUCUUCUCUAGUUGCAAUAAUUUCAAACAUAAGCAUUAGUAUAAGGGUAACAAUAUACAGGGGUUAGCAUAAAACUUCUUUUUGGCGAGGAUCCUCUUCUUCUUGUUGUUUAUCUUAUAUUUUUCUUUCUUUCGCCCUAAAAUAGGUCUGCCCAUGUAUGAAUGAAAUAAAAAAAAUCACGAAAGUUUAGGCGCCGAGGGAAGGUCGCCCACAAAUUAUCAACGAUUCGAUCGGCUCCACCGGUCCUGAUUUACCUGGAACGGGUUGAACCAGUAAAAAUAAAUUUGAAAAACAACAACAAAGGACUGAAAAGACCUCGAAAAGAGACAACUGGUGUAGAAAAAAAUUUUUGGAUUAGCACGAAACAUCUUUUUCUUUCUGUUCUUGUUCUUGUUCUUCUUUCGUUUUUCUUUCUUCCUUUCGAUGACUCUUUUUUUGAAAUAAGAAACCUGAAAUUUAGAAAAAAUGAAGAAAAAUGUCGAAAAAUAUCUUGAAAAAAAAUUAAAUAAGUUACAUAUUGUACCUCUCUUGUACCUGAUGUUCUACGAGCGAAAUUCACAACUUCUCUGCCUAAGCCACAGCUCCGGCCGCCGUUUAAACACAGUUGAAAUCAAUGAAAGUCGAUUGCACAUGUAUUCUUACAUUGAAGAUGCAAUAAACAGUUUUAAAAAAAAGUUACAUAUCGUUCACGCUUACUAAACUUUUCCAACCCCUCCUCCGCUUAAUUAUUUUCUGGAGUUUUCUCAAGGAGUUUUCUCUCGCCGGAGGGGAUCGGCGAAGGGGACCACCUCCUCGACGGAUUCUUUCCGACCGGCGGAAUCCCGACGGACGCCUGCAGGACCUACGGACUGGCCCGAGUCUUCCUAGAACUCUGCGAAACUGUCCAGGACGCGCCGAGCGUCCUCGAUGCCUUGAAAUUGUCGAGAGGACAUUUGGAAAUGGUGAGUUUUGCUGGAAAUUCAGUCGACCAGAAAAAUAACUGGCUGGCAAGGUUUUUUUGUUUCGUGAAAUUCUUUUUUGUACCGGAGGAAGAUUCUGAAUAUCUCAGCUUGCAAAAACUUAGUUCUUGUGAAUAGGCUCAAAAUAGCCUAUUCCAACAAAAUUUUAUAGGUUUUUUUGUCUAUAAGAUAAUAUUUUUCGAAAACUAGGAAGUUUUGCAGCUUGAAAUGUUCAGAACGAUAACGUGCUACGUCAAGAAAUAUUCUAGCCAAUUUUCAAAAAAAUAAAAAAAUAGAAAACAUCGUGAAACUCUCCAUCGCGAUUUCCGAUUAAAUUUGUUUUUCAUUGAGUUUUCCACUUAUGAAGACCUUCGAAUGUGAAAACUCGCAUGCUGAUUAGGGUGGCCCAGCCGUGCUAACACGGGGUCUCAGCGGGUGCCCCCGUUCUAAACCCGUAUAAGCACAGUUGGUAGAAGUUUUGGCAAUUUUAAACCCAACUGAGUCCCCGCUUUAGCACAUCUUUGUUACAUAUUUUUCUUACACCCGUUGUUCCCUUGUUUUUUUGGCGUCUCUAUUAGCUUCGGUAUUCUAAUAGAAAGUCGCUGCAAUUUGAGUAGUUCAGUGAUUUUUGAGUGUAGAAUAGUUUUGGUGUAUUUCUCUGCGAGCUUUGAUUUUUAAUGCUUUAUUAGUCAAGUACCAAAAUAUAGUAAACAUAAGAUAAAGGGAAAAUAGGAAAAUAAAGGGAAUAAAAUAGAUAAAAUAAAAGUGGUUGCAACGGCUCUAUUGAGCCGAUCAGAUCGUUUUAUGAAUUCAUAGGUUCUAAGGGAGGCGGGGCUGUAUAAUUUUGAAUAUUUUCGAAAUGAUUGCGUGGGUGAUCCAUCGGUUUGAGCUGCGUCGUCGGUAAUCAAUCUUUGGGGGUUUCGUAAUAUUGCGAAAGAGGUUUUUUUUUUUGAAUUCAGAUCAAGUCGGGUCUGUUUGGGUAUUUGAUCAAUGAUGGGUAUAGCUGAUUCACGGCUAGCUUGAGACGCUAAGGGGCGUGUCUCGUCUUCGCUCUCCACGAGCCAGGCGCUAUCUCGUGUAUUAUCGUGUCUGAACCCGUUUUUCGAUGGCUCAAGCCAGCCGUGAAUCAGCUAUAUUGAGAAUGAUCUUCCGAUCUUCGUGCCAAUAAAAGUUUGUUUCUCGCGAUAGUUUUAGCCCAACUGAGACUCAAACAACCUCACAGGUUUAAUGCGGGUACACCCGUUGAGCCACCUGGCCAUCAUGCGGUUAAGUGGGAUUUAGUUUUGGCCCAAGAAGGAAAUUGAUUCAGAAGAAUAGAAAAUUGUGUAUUAGCUCAUGUUGACCCUCGAAACCUUUUUUUUUCAAAAUGAGAAUUUUCCGGGCGAUUUCUAAUUGAACGCAGUUGCGUUUUUAGACAGUGGUAUUUUUUUCGAAUUUCAUAUUAAAAAUUUGACUGUUCAUGUGAUUUCAAUCAUAUUUUUCAUCUGGAUUAUGAGUUUCUUCAAAAAGAAAAAAAUAAGAGAAUACCAAAAAUUGACCUUCAUAGUUGACCAGAAAACUAAAAAAAACCCCCUAAAGUGGCCGCGAAUUUUCCGGAAGAUGAAGGGGAACUCUAGGAGCUUUUGCUCCGUGGAUUACCUGGUUUAAAAAAAUCCGAAAGGAAAUUAAUCCCGAUCCCGUUAAAUUGAACUUUCUCCGUAGAAAAGUGCGUUAUAGGCUUUUUUUUUUCAAAUCUUGUCUUUACUGUUAUUCUCAACCAAUCAUUUUUAAAAUUUUUAUUUUUUUUAACUGUUGUGCACCCCAUAUUAUAGCUCAUUCACGGCUGGCUUGAGUCAUCAAAAAAUGGGUCCUGACACGAUAAUUCACGAGAUAGCGCCUGGCUCGUGCAGAGCGAAGACAGGACACGCCCCCUCAGCGUCCCAAGUUAGCCGUGAAUUAGCUAUAUGGGCUAUAUCGCAGCGAGAGUAACGCUCGCUGAGACCUCGAAUAUGUAUCGCUCCCUGAAAAAUUUCCCUCAAAAGUUUUGUUUCUUUCCUUUUGACUGUAAACGAAGUUUUAUUGUAGUCUGUGUGCCAAGACUUGGAAUUUCACCGAACGACGUUCCGCUGUUCCUCUGCGUCGCGAAGCGUCUUUGCGAGCCUCGGUUUCAUUUGAAUUGGUUCUCAUUUUUGAUAGAUGGACUGUUCCACUAAGGACACGUGUUGGUCGAGUUCCUAAAUAAUAUAAAUAUUGAAGGCGCGGCCGAGCACGCAGCGGAACAGCGGAAUGUCGUUUGGUGAAAUUCCAAGUCCUGAUACACAGACUAUACUCAUUUUGAAUUAA